UUAUUAUUCCACCGCCACCAUCUUCAUUAUACUUUCCUUAUUCAAUUAUUCGAUUCAUCUUCUUCCUGUUCACGCUUCAACUUCACCCAAAAUAGAAUCAUCCAAAUUCAAAAAAAAUCUUUUAAAUUUUAAACUAUAGACUUAGAUCAUUUUCUUAAAAAAGAAAGAAAAUUAAAAAAUGAAUUCGAUUCAUUUGAUUAACACUCUCGCACUCAGUGCUCCGCAUCGGUUCCCUUUACCUCAAAUCCAUUAUUCUUCGCUUCCUUCUUCCGCCGUAACGAAACGGCGUUUCGCGCCUUCCGCUAGGUUCCGUCUCGUCUCAGCGCAAACUGUGAAUUCAGUACCGCGCGCGAAUGGAAGUUAUACGGUUUCAGAUUUCAUGACGAAGAAGCAGAAUUUACAUGUUGUUAAAACCUCCACAUCCGUUGAUGAAGCUCUGGAGGCUCUCGUUAGGAACAGAAUCAGUGGUCUUCCUGUAGUUGACGACGACUGGAAUCUGGUUGGAGUUGUUUCAGAUUAUGACUUGUUAGCAAUUGAUACAAUAUCAGGUGGUUCUCAAUGUGGUGCAGGCUUAUUUCCUGAUGUCGACAGUACUUGGAAAACAUUCAACGAGAUACAAAAGCUUCUUAGCAAGACUAAUGGCAAAGUUGUUGGUGAUUUGAUGACUCCAAGUCCACUUGUUAUUCAUGAAUCCACUAGUCUGGAGGAUGCUGCUAGGUUGUUGCUUGAAACUAAAUACCGUCGACUGCCUGUGGUAGACAAAGAUGGAAAGCUGGUUGGACUUAUUACAAGGGGAAAUAUUGUUAAGGCGGCUCUGCUGUCAAAGAGCUCUACUGAGAGGCUCCCAUAGUUUGACAAACACAUGUUUCGAGUGCUCCAUAUCUUUAGUAUAGUCAUAGUCAUAGUCAUAGUCAUAGUCAGGUGGAUAUUUUGACUAUUAAAAAUGCAUUUAUCAGCCCAAAAGGGGAGCUGAAGGUAACUCUUGAUAGCCUUCUGAGACCUUUAAAGUGGGUGGUUAAUACUUAAUAGUUAAUACCAUUUAAGAGGAAAGUGAGUUAUCAAUCUCCUUACUCCAUAUUGUUUCUUUGCAUUCGAUUCUUUAGGGCUUAAAGACAGUAUAUCCAGUUAAUCUUUGUAUAGAUCUGUUAAAUCUUUAUAGGUAUUGGGAUUGUAAUGGAUCAUUUUGAGCACUGUAUUAAACAAAAUUAUACUGUGAAUUGGUUAGCAUUUUGAAUUAGAUAUUAUAUGAUGUCCGGACUUCUCGUCCUCGUUCAUAUUCUAUCA